GCCUCCAUCAACAGAAAGUUGGGGUGAUAACCUUUUGGAAUUCAGCCUACAGCUUCCUCUUUGACGAUUUGCUCACUCCUGGUUUGCACUCUCUCCCUGAGGAAGGGCUGAUACUUAAGAAGGUUCAUAUAUCCUGAGGAAUUCAGUGCACAAAGCCUUUGCCGGCACCUUAGUGUCACUCAUGAUGUACAGCUUCAUGGGAGGGGGCCUGUUUUGUGCCAUUGUGGGAAACAUCUUGCUGGUGGUCUCAACAGCAACAGACUACUGGAUGCAGUACCGCCUGUCGGGCAGCUUUGCCCAUCAGGGCCUGUGGAGAUACUGCAUGUCUGGCAAAUGCUACAUGCAGACUGACAGCAUUGCUUACUGGAAUGCCACUCGAGCUUUCAUGAUCCUUUCCGCCAUGACCUGCUUUGCUGGCAUCAUCGCAGGAAUCCUCUCCUUUGCUCACUUCUCCGCUUUUGAGAGGUUCAAUCGCUCAUUUGCUGCAGGCAUCAUGUUCUUUGUUUCAACUCUCUUUGUCCUGCUUGCAAUGGCCAUUUACACGGGAGUGACGGUGAACUUCCUGGGCAAGCGUUUCGGUGACUGGCGUUUCUCUUGGUCCUACAUACUUGGCUGGGUGGCUCUACUCAUGACCUUCUUUGCAGGUAUAUUCUACAUGUGUGCCUACAGAAUGCAUGAGUGCAGAAGAGUGGUAGGCCCACGCUGAAACAAGCAGGAAAUAACACUUCAAAGCAAAAAGCAACAAAGGAAACCCCCAUUGAUGUCAUUAGAAAACUUUUU